AUGGAAGAAGCACUUACUAAACCAAGGAAUGUUACCCAUACUUUAUAUAAAUUAUACAACUGGUUGCAAAUGGGAAUAAUUGACCUUAAUCCUGAAUUCCAAAGAGCAAUUAAACAAUCUCAUCUAGUAGAUUCUGUUCUUAACAAUUUUUAUGUUCCACCAGUAAUUUUUUCUUGUAAAAAAUUAGAUAACAAAAGAUGGAUCAGAGUAUGCAUAGAUGGGAAGCAGAGGUUAACUGCCAUCAAAAAAUUUAUGGAUGGUGAAAUUCCCCAUGUAAGCCCUUCUGAUGGCAAUAUAGCUAAAAGGUACUAUAAAAUUAUCAAUGGCAAAAAGUCAUUGACAGAACCAGAAAGAGAGCUAUUUGACUGUUCCGAGUUGCUUUGUGGUAAGAUUGAGUAUUAUGACCUUUCAUUACAGCAAGAGCAAGAAAUUUUUAGCCGUGUCCAAUUGGGUGUUGCAUUAACACCAGCUGAAAAAUUACAAGCAAUCAGUAGUCCAAUGGCUGAUUUUGCUCACUCCAUUUUCAGCAAAUAUCCUAGUAUUUCACUUAUAAUGGAUACUAAACGUGCUAGACCAUUCCAAUUGAUAACACAAUCAUUACAUAUGAUUGAAAAUGAACCUGAAAAAUUCAAUGCAACACCUGCUGUCAUAACUAAAUUCUUAAAGGAAGAACGUCAAGUACCCUCAAAUUUAAAAAUCAUUGCAGGGAGAAUUUAUCAAACACUUGAAGCAAUGAUAGCUGAUAAUUCUGAUAUAUUUCAUAAAGAUAAUCGAUUGGCUCCUGUAGAAUUUGUGUUCCUAACUUAUAUGAUUGCAAAAUAUCCUGGUCUACUAAUCUCCCAUUAUCAAAGUCGUCUAUUAGCCAUGAAAAAACAUGUUCGUCAGAAACACGAUGACAUUCGAUUCAAUAAUAAAGUUUAUGACACAUUAAAAAGAUUUGUUGAUGGUAUGGAAUCUGAAUACAUAGUCACUUCAUCUACAUCUACUUCAUCUAAAUCAUUAGCAUCAAAUGGUGUGUUAUACAAAACUGAAUCAACCAAUUAUGGUGGACAACAAUCAUCUUCAUCUAGGCCAAAAAAAAGAAAAUCUGGAGGUAUUGAAUUUACUGAUGACGAAACAAUUGGCCAUGUAAGACCAACAACACCUGAGAUUGGAUCAGGAAACAAAGACUCAAAAUCCUGUUUUUUGAAUACAAUCAAAAAUCAAAUAGAUUCUUUGUCUUCUAAUGAUUUUCUGGCUGAAACGUCUCAAGCUGGUCCAACUUGCAGGACUAGCAUCAUGGUAGCUGCUCCAGGAAAUUCAAUCAGUAAUGGUAGUAAUACAAAAUUAGCAGCUGAAGAAGAUAAAGAAGAAAUACAGCUGCACCUGCCAGAUUUCAUGUUAAAAAGAAAUUACGUGAAUAGAUACUUGAGAGAACUCAAGAGAAAUAGCAUCAAGAUUAAACCUGUUGAUAAAAAACAAAAGUUAGAUGAUGUAGUUGUACCAUCAUAA